CCCACUGACAGUCUCUACUGUAGAUACACUCUGUGCUCAUCUCUGAGUCUGGAUGAUCAGACCGGUUGACAUGUCGCACUCGGUCCUGCCGACGGAGUUACAGAACGGCCAUGGAGUCAACAACGACCCCGACGACUCCGAACCCGAGGAUAUUUACCUGCGGGACAGACGGAGGGCCAAGUCCUUACCUGCCUACCCCGAGCAGGCCGACCUGUUCAGCCGUCUCUCUCAGUGCUGCAGGAAGCGGGUGAAGUUCGCCGACGCGCUCGGCUUGAGUCUGGCCAGCGUGAGACACUUCAGCAUCGCCGAGGAUCCCCAUGUGCCCUCCGAGGUGUUCGCCGCGCUGCGCACUCUGCCCGCACAGCACGAGCGCGAGCAGAACGGCGGCCUGCGCUCGAGCUUUCCCUCUGCUCGGGACACGGCGGUGGAGAGGCGGCUCGCGCCGGCUUACGAGAUGAGAGUCGCGUCGGAGGUCACGGAGGCGCGCGCAAACCGCUGCGGGGUCGCCCUGGAGAGGGCCUCCGUGUUCGGGUGGGCCGUGCGCGGGGUCAUACGCGCAAACGUCGUGGAUAAGGGUGAGACAGAAGUCGGGGUGAGGUACACGUUCAACAACUGGGCGUCCUUCGCGGACGCGCCCACAGUGCCCGUGCCCGGGGAGCGCGUGCACGGCUGGCAGAGGUUCUCCUUCACUGUGCACACGCCUCCCUUCCUGGACCAGGACGCGAGCGUGUACUUCGCCGUGUACAUGAUGACUGACCGCGGGGAAUUCUGGGACAAUAACGACGGGCAGAACUACUGUGUGCAGUGUGACCGCAUGCUGUGAACCCCAGGAAUGCAAGCGAGUAAAAUCAUACUCAAGUAGACUGAAACAGUGCAAAUCUCUGCAUUUAGUUUCAUGUACAGUUUGGACGGAGCGAGUUCAUGCAAAGACAUCAGCAACAAUUAUUUAUAAUAGCCUAUUUUUAACAACUAAUUUACAAUAGAGAAUAUUUUUUGAUAGACACGAGCUACUGCCUGACCUGAACUUAAAGGCCCAGUAAGCUAUUUUCACAGAAGUGGGUCUUUGUGUUAAAAUACACCAGUACAACAGUAACUCUAUAUAUUUAUCUAUCAGCAGGAGUAGUGAUAUUUGUGGUCACAUGACCUAAACACUGGCCACCAUGGCAGUCUGACCAGCAUUAUUUAUUAGUAUUAUAUUAUUAUAUUACUAAUGCUGCAUUUGGACUCAAACUUGUAACUUUUACUGACCUCAGACUAGAUAAACCCAAAGAAAAUGAACUCAGAGUUCCUAAUUGGAAUUUCGGGCAAAUCUCCUCAACGCUGAGCUUAGUAAGUGUCGUCAAAUCAACAUGGCUGCUCACAACUAUAAACAAAGCAGCACUUCUUUUACCAUUAAAUGAGUUCCACUGUAUAUAACUCACUAAUUAAGAUUGAUUGUACAUACAGACAUAUUCCUUUGUUCGACCUAUAACACUGAACACCCAGCUAAAGAUAAAUCUUCAAACUCAUUGCAGUUACAGCUGCAGAAUGUACAGCUCGAACAUAGAGAUAGAUGAUGGUAUUAAAAUGUCUGAUUUUCUAAUUCAGAGGUCAUUUGAAUGCAGGUCAAGUGUAAACUGAUUAUUUUACCUAAAUUGGUCAGCACUGCCACACAGCAGGUAACAUGUUACGUAAGAUCUGGUUUAGACGAUCCUUGAUGUCUCUAAAUAGAAAAUCAAAAGCAAAUGUUGUUGUUAAAAUACGACAGCUUGGGCAUUUAUUUUACACCUGUUUCUGAGUGUGUAGCAGUAUCCCUGGUGUAGACUCAUCAUCCUGUCCUGCACACGUUAAUUCAUUGCCAUAACGUCCUCUAAUCCGGCUUCAACACACACUUCUGUUCUUCAACAUAGACGUGUUCAGUGGAUUUCAUGGACCUCCAGUGAAAUGCACAGUUUUCUACGCUGAUGCCAUAAAGCUGGACCUUUAAACUCAGAAACGUGUAUAUUACGUUAUGCUCGUUUUCACAAGGUCUGAUGAAAGGGCUGGUUUGAUUGAAGGAUUUUGUUCCCCCUGUAAAAUAUAGACUUCAAACAGCAACUUCUUGCUCUGCUGUAUGCACAUCAUAGCUAUUGAUUGUAAUAGUUCACAACACUAUGCAUGCAUUUAAGUAACUAUAACUAAUGAAUGGAUAAAAGAUAAAGUAGAACAAUUAAAAUUCUUGUAUUUUUUGUCUGCUUAUUGUAUCGUCAUGGAAUAUUUAGGAAAGAUAGAAACUGAACUUGGGUAUCUAGUUUUUUUUGUGAUAAUGUAAAACGCACACUUCAUUAUACAAUUAGCAGCAAUGUGCUAGUCAUAAGAAUCCUCAUUCUACAUUAGUGUAUUUAUCAUGAAUGUAUCUCAGUACCAUACACGAAAGCAAUAUUUCAUGUGAGUGACUGGAGGUGAAGCUAUAUUACAUUAACAUGAAAUGUUGGACUGAGGGUCUGGUCCCUUGAGAUAGACACAUGCUGUUUAAAAUCGUUACUAUCCAAAGGUACAAGAGCUGAGCAAUGUGGCUCAGAGAUAAACGGGAAACACUCUUGGGAGAGAAACAAACUAUGGUGCAAUAACUGUAUAGCAGUUUUGGGGGUAAAGUUCAUUCGAACAUAAAGCAGAGAACCUGAUGUUGCUUGUAGAGAACAAGUUUUAGGUGGUUAUUACAUGAUUUAAGGAAUUAGCUCUUUAUUUAAGUCUGAACAAAGCUUCGGGUUAGAAAACCUAGACUCCUAUGCCUCGCGAGUGCAAACAAGAUGAAAACUAGGGUGUUUCGGCUACGCUUGCAGUUUUCGAACCAUCAAUUUUUUAUCGGUUUAUUUCUCCCUUGUUGUUGUUGUUUCCCGUUGCUGUUUCAGCUCUAAGCAAUGAAAUCUCCUCCCUUAGCUAACGAGAAUGGAUUUUUCCUGAACCGUCCAUCACGCCACACUGAUUUAUCCUGACCACUUUGAUGUUCACAGCCUUCAAGCUGCAUUUGCUGAUCUGUACGAGACAUGAAGCUCCAUUACGACAUUGUUUCUUCUGCUUGAAUUGUAGAUGAUGUGGAAUUGAAGCUUGUUUCUCACGUACAGGAUUACAACUGACAGCUUCAUUACCCAUCAGACAGUCUUGAGGUACGCGAGGCGUCAUUUCCAAUACGGAGUAAGGCUCCGGCUAAUGUAGCUUACUCAGGAUAGAUGACGGAUGAGCAUCUGAUGUAGGGUUUGAGAAGGAUGGCCAGAGUGUCACGCCUGGACUCCUUGAGAAAGACCCCUGGAGUCUGACCCAGAUAUACUGGAUCAUCCUGUGACAGUUCCUUACUUUACAGUUUUUUUUGUGAUGAAACAGCUACCAGAUUGAGUAACCUUACCUGAUUAGAUACUUAACCUCCUUGUGUUACGGUCUUGUGGUGCCACAUACUAUUUGGAUUAAUUCUUUGCGUAAAAGUGUCUGUAGAUAAUAAAUGUAAAGAAGCACCUUCACAUACAGCCGUUGUUGCAUGUACAGUAUAAAUGUAUAGCUGAUGGCAAAGGUUUGUCACAUUUAAGACAAAAUAUACUUCAUACAAAGGAUAUUA